AUGAUGAUGCCAACAGUAACCACUUUUCGCGAUCCACUUGAAGCUCCACUUCGUAAAUUAAGUGUUGAUCUUAUUAAAACAUACAAACAUAUAAAUGAAGUAUACUAUGCUAAAAAGAAAAAACGUAGUAAUAAUCAAGUGAUCGAAGAAAAUGGUUUGCAUAAGAAGGAGAAAAAGAAUUUAAAUGAUGGAUAUGAUGAUGAAAAUCAUGAUUAUAUCGUACGACCAGGAGAAAUAUGGCUUGAACGAUAUACAAUUGAUUGUUUAAUUGGUAAAGGUAGUUUUGGACAGGUCGUCAAAGCAUUUGAUCAUCUUGAUGGCGAAUAUGUAGCUAUAAAAAUAAUCAAAAAUAAACGUCCAUUUCUAUCGCAAGCUCAAAUUGAAGUACGUCUUCUUGAAUUAAUGAAUCAACAGGAUAUGGAUAAUAAUGGUUAUAUUGUUACAUUAAAACGACAUUUUACAUUUCGUAAUCAUUUAUGUCUUGUAUUUGAAUUAUUAUCUUAUAAUUUAUAUGAUCUAUUACGAAAUACAAAUUUUCGCGGUGUAUCACUUAAUUUAACACGAAAAUUUGCUUUACAACUUCUAUCUGCAUUAUUAUUUCUUUCUCAACCUGAACUUAGUAUACUUCAUUGCGAUCUGAAACCUGAAAAUAUUCUUUUGGUUAAUCCUAAACGAUCUGCUAUUAAAAUUGUUGAUUUUGGCAGUUCAUGUCAAAUUGGUCAGCGUCUCUAUCAAUAUAUCCAAAGUCGAUUUUAUCGUUCACCAGAAGUGUUGCUUGGUAUUCCAUAUGAUAUGGCGAUUGAUAUGUGGAGUCUUGGUUGUAUUCUUGUUGAAAUGCAUACAGGCGAACCAUUAUUUAGUGGUACAAAUGAAUUUGAUCAAAUGAUGAAAAUUGUUGAAGUACUCGGUAUACCACCAGCUCAUAUACUUGAACAAGGAACAAAAACUAAACGUUUUUUUGAUCGUCUACCUGAUAAUACAUGGAUACCACGGAAGAGUAAAGACAGAAGGUAUCGAUCACCUGGUACACGUAAAUUACAUGAUAUUCUUGGUGUUGAUAUUGGUGGUCCAGGUGGACGUCGGGCUGGUGAGCCAAAUCAUUCCGUAUCAGAUUAUAUAAAAUUUAAAGAACUUGUUCAACAAAUGCUUGAAUACGAUCCAAAACGGCGUAUAUUACCAUUUAAUGCAUUACAAUCGAAUUUUUUCAAACGAGUUCCUGAUGAAACAUCAAAUGUUAAUCAUCCAACAACAACAGCAACAAAUAAUAAUAAUAAUAAUAAUCCAUUGUCAAAUCUUAAUUCGAAUAGUUCACCUAAUCUUGAUCCCAGCCUUCGUUAUCGUCAUUUAAUUGAAACAGUACAACCACCAAAUCUAUGGCAACCAACAGAUUCAUUUAUGCCUGGAAUUCCAAGACCAUAUCCUGCUCAACAAACAGCAAAUACUAAUAGUUCUAUUUAUUUAACAAAUAGUUACCCAACUGAUUCAAUAGAUCUUGCUGCACCAACAGAAUUUCAAUCAACGAACAGCUAUUAUCCAUCUCAGAGAACUCAUACAUCACCGUCCGGAACAACAUUUCCACCAUUAUUUACAUAUGUUCCACAAAAUUUUAAUCAUCAUUUAUCAUCAACUAUUGACGAUAAUUCUUUACUUAUACAAAAUCCUAUUAUAUUUCUCAGUUAUCUUCUUGGAUGUGCAUCAACAAUUGCUGUAUGCAUAUGUUUAUUUAUACUUUAUGGAAUUUAUUCACCAGGAACAAUUUUUGCAGAAGAACAAUACCCAACAGUUCGUCCAUUAUCUCAAUAUUUUGAAGCAAAAAAUUCAACAGUUGAUGCUGUAAAUUAUAUAUUAAAUUGUUUAUUUCAAGAACUAAAAGAUACAUCAAAAUUAAGACGAUAUAUUAUGCAGAAAUUACAUAUCGAAUUUGAUGAAUUAAAACAAACUCGAUUAGGAAAAAUAUUUCUUCGAGAUAUUGCAAUACGAAGUUUUUCUAUGGGACACGAAUGUCUAAUAUUCAGUAAUAUUCGUUUUGAACGACAAGUACGAGAUGAACGUCAAUUAAUUAAAGAAGUUGUAGCUAAACUUAAUGGUGAUUAUCAAGAUGGAUUUUCUUGUACACUUGAUAUUACACUUGCAUUUGGUCAUCAAUGUCAAUUAUAUAUAAAAGUUAAUCGUAUUCAAGGAGAGUUACGUUUAGAAUUUCGACGUGAACCAUUUUCGCAUUGGUUAUAUGCUUUUCAAGAUGAACCAUUAAUUGAUUUAGACGUUAGAGCUUAUUUAUAUUCUCACGAAAUUCCACUAUUAGCAAAAAUCAUACGUGGACGUAUUAUUCAUACAAUACGACGUAAAAAUAUAUGGCCAAGUUAUAAAAUUCGUUAUCCACCAUUCUUUUCGAAAUCAAAACAAUCCUUACCAAUUGAAAUUCCAUCUGUGAAUGAUAAUAAUAAUUUUAUACCUGGUAUAAUUGAAAUUCUAAUCAAGUCUUGCGAUCGUCUUUCAAUUCCUUUUGAAAUAUUCAAUAAAGAAAAUUAUUCAUUAGUAUCGAUUUUUUUAACAAUUAAUAUUAAUGAACAAAUGUGUAAGGAUUAUUUACAUAUUAAUCGUGAUCAAUGGAUAAGAAAACAUAUUGAAUUUAUACCACAAAUACAUAAAAUAAAUAUAAUAGAAGUUCCGUAUAUGGAUCGUACAGAAUUUUUAAUUGAAGAAUUUAAUCCAAUACCGGAUGAAAUUGAAGAUAUGACAAUAUUUAAAGCAGCAUUAGAAGAUAAAAAUGUUUUUCUACUUCAAAUUCAAGAUCAAGAAAUAAGAACGUUAAAGCAAAUAAAUCGUUUAUUAAAGUCAAAAUCAACUAAUGGACAUCAACAAAAAGUCAAAAUCGUUGUUGGAAUGCCUUUAGUGAAUAGUGUUCAAGUACGACGUGUAGUUGAAAUAGAAGAUACUUAUACAAUAGAAAAAGCGGACGAGCAAUCACGAAUGGCAAAACGACAACGAACAAAAGCUUAUCAAUCAACUAAUUCAAGUAGCAAUCAAUCCAAUAAUUGUAUUCAAAAACAGAAUUCAAACACAACAAAAACAAUGAAGCAAGAAAAAGAUUCUUCGUCAAAUAAUAUCACUUUAAUCAUGUUGAAUGAUGAUUAUUUGCCGGAAUUUCGAAUUCACACACGAGCUCGAAAAGCAGAACCGUAUGUUGAAUUCAAUAAUAAAUUCAAAUUUAAAAUAGGUCCAAAUGUACAAUAUCUUAAUAUCUGCUUAUGGUGUAAACCACCACUCAAUUGUGACAUACCACAUGCUAGCAAAAAGUUUAUUUUGCUCGGUUAUGCUACAGUUGCUCUUUCUGAACUUAUAUUUGAUGCUCAUAUGAGUUUUAAACGUGAAACUGAAACGACACUGAAUUUUCGACCUACUUAUUCUUCAAAAUCUAAUUUAAAACUUAUUCAAACAAAUUCCAAAAGUCAAAAACUAGCUGAAUUAAGGACACAUAGAGGUUAUGAUGAUAAUAUGGCUAAUGGAUUUGUUACAAUUAAUUUUCAGCACCAACCAGAAAUUGAAAUGAAAUUAAAUCAAGAAGACAAAAAAGAAUUUGUAAUUGAAAAAGAUGAUAAUCAAAAUGAAGAACAACCAAUGUCUACUAAUGAAGAACAUAAAUUGCCUUUAUCGAAUUCUACUAAUCAUUCAUUUGAAGAUCAUGCAUUUAGUAUCGAAACAUUAUGUGCUUAUUGUAAUAAAAAAAUUUGGACAAAAACUGGUCGUCAAUGUCGAAAUUGCUCAAUGACAAUACAUAAAAAAUGUGAAGAUAAACUAAAUCAUCAACAUACUUGUACACAUGAAUCUAUUCAUUUAAAAUCUAAAGAAUCUGAAGAUAAUCAUUCAACUAUAUCCACUAAUGAUGUUGAUUCAAGUUCAAAUACGAAUCAAACAACAAUAACAUCUCAUUCUUCAUCAACUAUAGGAACUUCUACUGCUGCAUUUUCUAUAUUUGAUUUAACGUCAAAUAGACUGUUUCAUACAUUAAUGAAUAAAAAUGUUAAUUUAAUACCAACAUUAAAUUUAUCAAAUGAUCAAUUGGAUCAUAAAUCAUCAUCUUAUACAGAAAAACAACUUAUAAAAAAUCUUCCAAUUUCAACAUCUUCAAAAUUCAUUAAUGCUGCUUCAUUAGCUUAUAGUAAAUUACUUGAAUUUAAAAUAAAACGAAUACCUCUUUCGUUAACAUGGGAAACAAAAAAGAAACGAUCACUAUCUGAUUCGAUUACAUAUGAAAACAUUUCGGAAGAUGACCUGCAAGAUAUCAUAACAAAAUGCUUGUCAGAUGAAACAAUUGAUAUAAAAAGUUUCGAAAAUUUACUUCAUGAAAAAGCUGUUGAUCAUACAGUACUUUAUGCAAAAGCUAAUGAAUUCGGAUCCGAAUUAUUUCCAGACUUAACAAUUGAAGAACGAAAACAUAAAUUUGAGAAUGAAAUUUCUCGAUUACAACAAGAAAUUGAUUUACAAGAUCGAAUACGUGAUGAAAUGAUUAUUGAAUAUAAUAGUGAUCUAACGGAUGAAAAUGCUAAAAGAAAAAUUCAAGCAAAAAUUACUAAUGUUGAUGAAAAAGUACAAGCACUUGCAGUUUAUAAAUAUUUUAAACGUGAAAUGACUGAUAUACAAGAAGAAAUUCUACCAUCCGAAGAAACUGAUGCUCAAGUUGAACAAGCUCGAAAACAAAUUCAUGAUUGGCUUAAUAAACCAAUGCGUGUUUCAAUAAUCGAUGGCCGUGUCCUUGUUGGUGUAUUACUUUGUACGGAUCGUGAUCAAAAUCUUAUCCUAGGUAAUUGUAAUGAAUAUAUUGGUUCACCAAGUGAACAAGAAGAAUUUCGUGUACUUGGUCUUGCACUUAUACCUGGUCAACAUAUUCAAUCAAUUUAUAUUGAUGAAAAUUCUUCAUCAAUGUCAUAUCAUUCAAAUCCAUCACAUAUAUCAAUAACAAAAACAAAUGAUCAUAUUUUAGAUGAUGACAAAAGUGAUUGUUAG